GAGGCAUCCAUGUAAUUAGCCUCAAAUGUCAGACGCACAGUGAAAGUUCUCGUUUGGCUUGUGUUUCUGUGAGUUUUCUUGAGAUUUUUUCGCAAAUCUCAAUUUUUCAUUUCGUUUUGUCAUAAUUAAACAAGAAAACACAAUAAAAUCGGAAUAUAAAUCGAGGCAUACACAGGAAUUUAAAUUAUUGAUUACUUCGCCAUGACGGUGGUAUCGGAGAAGGGUGCCAAAUCAAGCGAUGGCGAACCAAGCAAGGGUGAACGUAGACGAACAUUUUUUGAUGUCACGCUCGGUGGUUUACCAGCUGGUCGAAUUGUUUUCGAAUUAUAUGGAGAUGUAGCACCAAAAACCGCUGAAAAUUUUCGAGCUCUUUGCACCGGCGAAAUUCAGGAGUUGGGAAAAGUCACCGGCAAACGUUUACACUAUAAAGGUGUAAUUUUUCAUCGGGUGGUCAAAGAUUUUAUGAUUCAAUCGGGAGAUUUUUCGGCUGGAAAUGGCACUGGCGGUGAAUCAAUCUACGGAGGAACCUUUGAAGACGAAACAUUUGAAAUGAAGCAUGAGAAACCAUUUCUAUUGUCGAUGGCCAAUCGUGGCAAGGGAACCAAUGGUUCCCAAUUUUUCAUUACAACGCAACCUGCUCCACAUUUGGACAAUAUUCAUGUGGUUUUUGGUCAUGUUGUGUCGGGGCAUGACGUUGUACGUCAGCUCGAGCAACUGCCUGUUGAUCGCAAAUCACGACCACUUCAAGAUGCAGUUAUAAGCAACUGCGGCGAACUUGUACGCCAGAUCAAAGUGAAGAAAGUCAAGCGUCGCAAGAGCUCGGCAAGUGAAAGCGACAGCGAAUCCAAUUCUGAUUCGGAUGACGACAAAAAGAAAAAGAAGAAGAAGAAGAAGAAAAACAAAAAGAAGAAAAAGAAAAUGGAGUCGGGCAGUAGCAGUGAUAGCAGUAGUGAUGAGGAACAAGAAGAAGGGGAAAUUAAUGAAGACGAAGAAGAUGCAAAGAAGCGCAAGUCUCGAGUUGACCCAAAGGAGAUUCCGGAAGUAAAAAACAAUUUCCUUAUGAGGCCCUGCAAAGAUAAGGAGGAGGACAAAGAAAAAAACAGCGAUUCCGAUUCAAAGCAUCGACGAAAGGAUAAAAAAGCAAAUCGAAGUGAACCUCAAAGGGGAUUUGGUUGGUCAAAACGUAAGGUUCCACUGUCACGAAGUGGAAGAGUCAUCAAAGGGCGCGGUGUAUUUAGAUACAGAACACCGUCGAAAUCUCGUAGCCGAUCUCGAAGUAUCACGCCGCCACACUGGAAACAAGCUCAAAAGCGAGUGAUUAAAUUCACUGACUUGGAGAGAAUCCAAGAAGAGAAACGAGUCCGAGACGCGGAAAUAAAGCGUCGAGAAACGGAACGGAAGAUUCGUCAUGAAAAAUUGGCCCGUGAUGGAAAGAAAUCUUUCUUUGAACUGGGACAAAAUACAUCCCAAGAUGCAACGGGCGACGAAAAAGUCACAAAUACUGAAACUGAUGACAAAACUGAGACUUAUGAAAACGAAGCGGCUGAGAAAAAGAUCGUGGAAAAAAGCCCAUCAAAAAUCGAUAAAAUCGAAGCUAAUAAUUCAUUUACAACGAAUGAAAACGAUUUGAAUGCAUUGGAUUAUGAAGCCGAUAAAGAUGAUAACAUUGAUGAGCCGGAAGCAACAAUAACCGUGCAACGAGUCGAGGUGGAACACAAGGAAACUGAGAAAUCAUUGAAGUCAAAUAAGCACAGUGAGGUGAUUGAAAAGUCAAGCAAAAAGGAAUCCGAUUCAAAGAAAACGGAUCGAAGGCAUCGAUCACGUUCCAGAGAAAAGCGUUCAAGGGAAAAACGGUCCAGGGACAAAUCGGAUCGUCGUAACUCUUCAAGAAAUCAUAACGAUCGAAGAGUGUACCGACGCCGCGAAUUUUCACCACCACGAGACAAUCGCAGACGUGAUGCACACAGAUUUAAGCGCAAUCGUUCACGCUCCACCUCUAUUGAUCGAUCCCGUCGACAAAGACAUCGCGACAGCAGAUCAACUGAACGUCAUCGCAGACAUCGCUCACGGUCUCGAUCCAAAUCUCGUCGAUCAAGCCGUUCGGCGUCACGAAAACGAGAUGAAAAACGUGCUCGCAAAGAAUCGGGCCGCCGAUCCAAGUCUGUGGAAGAGAAAGACAAGCCGAAAGAAAAGGAGAAAGAAAAGCCGAAAGAAAAGGAAAAAGACAAAUCCGAAAGAAUAUCAAAAUGGGAUAAAAAACCAGUCGAAGCACCAAAUGAUUCCAAUCCGUUCCGUCGAACAGCCGAUAGUAAGCAUUCAAUCGAAUCAGCGGCAGACGAAAAAGAGCGCCUCGCCAGAGAAAAGAUGCUCAAACGUGCCGAAGCACUGCAGCUGCUUAAAGGUCAUAUGCAAAAAGAAAUUGAAGAGCAUAAUAAAAAGCUAGCUGAAAAAGAACGUAUCAAAGAGGAACAAGAUAGAAAGAAAGACAGAGUCGAAACGGCAUUGGAAAUAGCACGGCUUGAACAAAUUAAAAAAGACACACUUGAAAAGCUAAAAGUGCAAGAACAUCAACAAAUUUCAGCCGUCAAAAAGGUGCUUGAGGUCAUUACGAAAAAAUCAAAACGUCGAGGAUCCAGCAGUAGUUCGAGCAGCUCAAGCAGCUCAUCAUCAAGCAAUUCAGAUUCUCGCAAAAAUAAAACAAAACGUCGUCGACGCAAGAGCUCAUCAUCGGACAGCUCGUCCGAAUAAUGUGGCUUGAAGUUAAAUUGAAAUAUUUUAGCAUGAAUGUCAUCCACAUUUUAUAACACUAUUUGAUUUGAUUGAAAAUUGUAUCUUUUAUUCAAGUGUAUUUUGCAUUCCCUGUGCGGAUUUUUGAAUCAAUGACGAAAUAAAAUACAGUGUCG